AUUUGAUGUGGGUUAUGCGGAUGCAAUUGGUGCGGGUCGAUGGUUGGUGACUUGAUGUAGUAGGUGGUUGGUGUGGAUUGAAAGAAUUAUAUAAGAUGGAUGAGAAAGAGAAUUGGAUGUAGGAUUGUGGACAAAUUAUCAAAUUCAAUUGUAAAGCUAUAGUAGAUUUUCAUUUUCAAAUAAACGUAUUUUCAAAAAAAUAAAAUAAAUAAAAAAAAAAUAGGUCGAGGGCUCGGGUUUGGUGAGUCUGAUUUGAGUAUUUGACCAGCAAAUUUACGGGUGGGUACGGUUUCCAGCUGUAUUGGACUUCGAGUAAAAAAAAAUUGUUCAAAACCCAAAAAAAGGGGUUGGGUUUGAGCCGAAUUUGGAGAUGGUAAAAAAUUAAAAAGUCUAGGUGCAACAAAUUGGUGGGAGGAAUUAGUAUUCGUUGUGCUUGAAAGAUUUGAUGCAAGUCUAAGGGCCUGUAAGUAUAAAAUCUAGGAAUUCCCAACAUCUUCCAUAUUUCAAUUCCAUCUUAACAGAAAAUAGAAAUGGUAAUGCUUAAAUCAAUGCAAGAGAAUUACCCCUUAAUCGAUUCCAUCUUCCUCGAAUUUUGCGGGUCUCGUGGCAUUUUCACUGUGGAAGAUUUCCUAAUUUCUGAUCUGAAUUCUUUGAUUUCCUUCACUGAAAAGAAACCAAAUCCAGAGAGAUUGAAGCAGGGAAUUGAUCAAGUGCUUUCAAUAGUUGAUGGUCUUCAUGGACCCUUGUUGAACGGUGUGGAGUUACUGAAAGAUGCUCAGAAAAGUAAACAAACAUUCCUUGCUUAUGAAGGGAUUGAUCCUCUUCUACAUGGAGUGCUAAGAGAGGGGUUUGUAACAGAACUAGUUGGACCGUCAUCUUCAGGCAAAACACAGGUAUGUCUCCAAGCUGCCGCAACUGUUGCAAAGGAAUACGCAAGUGGUGUUGUAUUGUUAGACUCAGGAAAUUCCUUUUCUGCACCACGAAUUGCGCACCUUGUGAAUCAGGCUUCAUUUUCUACUUCAAAGCAGGCCGAUAAUGAAGCUCUUCAUAUUGUUAUGAAGAACAUAUGGUGUUACCCUGUAUUUGAUAUCUUUUCCUUGUUCAAUGUACUGCAUCAACUAGAGUUGAAAUUGAAAAACGAGAUGUGUUCAGUGAGGUUGCUCAUUGUGGACUCAUUUUCAUCUCUCAUUAUUCCUCUUCUCGGAGGCGGUGGUCCGUAUGGACAUGCUCAAAUGGUUUCUGCUGGAAAUUUGCUAAAGAAGAUAGCCCACGAAUACAGUAUUUGUGUCCUGGUGACAAAUCAUAUGGUAGCUGGAGAAGGUGGUUCAGCAAAGCCGGCUCUUGGAGAAAGUUGGAAAAGCGUCCCACAUGUAAGGUUCCUCCUCUCUCGUGAUCGAGAGACAAACACUUGUACCAUCUCUGUUGUCAGACACCCAUCCAUGGUAGGUUUCUUUAAAACGAUGUAUAAACUUUUGGUUACAAUCAAGCUAUGUGUUUGUAAUUUCCAUAAUGUUGUUCCCUACUCCUUGUUUCCCAGGCUGCUGGGAAUCAAGCGAAGUUCAAGAUUUGUGAUUAUUAAGAAGAGCUCAGAUAGUGUAAUGUUUAUAUACAACUAUUAUAAUGGUAGCGUAAAACUCUUCGAUGUCAAUUUAUGAUAUUAUCUCAAACUAUUUGUAACA